AUGGACAAGGUAGAGAACAAACAGUCGUUCGAGCAUGACGACAACGUCAUCGAUCCCAAGCCAGACUCUAUGGCGAAUGAUGACUAUGUACCCAGAACUGAAGCAGAGAAGAAGCUCGUUCGCAAGAUCGACCUCUACAUUCUCCCCAUGAUGUGGUUUAUGUAUCUUAUGUCGUACAUGGACAGAACCAAGUCACAUCGAAAUGCCAAGAUUGCCGAAAUGGACAAAGACCUCAACCUUGACUCCAACAAAUAUUCCAUCAUACUCGUCGUCUUCUUCGUCGGAUAUGUCGUCUUCGAAGUUCCCUCCAACAUGAUCCUCACAAGGAUCCGUCCGAGUCGAUACCUUCCCGGCAUCAUGUUUGUCUGGGGCGGCGUCACAAUCGCCAUGCCUUUCACGGGCACCUACGAACACAUGAUCGGUUUCAGAAUCCUCAUGGGCGUUCUCGAAUCCGGAUUCGCUCCUGGCAUGCUUCUGCUGCUAUCUUCAUGGUAUAAGAAUGAAGAGCAGAGCAAGCGAUUCGCCGUGUACAUCUCUGCUGCUAUCCUGUCUGGUGCAUUCGGUGGCCUCUUGGCUGGCUCCAUCACAAGCGGUCUCGACGGUGCACACGGCAAGGCUGGUUGGAGAUGGUUGUUUGUUGUUGAAGGCGCUGCCACUAUGGGUGUCGCCUUGAUUGCGUGCUUUGUCCUCCCUGACUUUCCGGCAAACACGUCGAGGCUCAAGUUCAGCCAGGAAGAGAUCGAUCUUGCCAUUCGAAGGCUGCAGCAUGGUAGACCACAGGUUGUUUCUGAAGAUGAAGUGAAACUGGGCCAUUGGCAGGCUUUCAAACUUAGCAUUACCAACUGGCGCACUUGGCUCUUUGUUGCAAUCGUCGGCUCUUCAACGCUUUCCUACUUCUACCCGACUCUCGUCAAAGGUCUCGGAUACGAAUCCACCGCAGCUCAGUACAUGACAAUCCCUAUUUUUGGCGUUGCAUUCGUCGUCACGGCCCUCACCGGCUACUUCGCCGAUAAGAACAGCAAAUGGCGAGGCGUUAUACUGUGUGCCUGGAUGAGCGUCGCCAUGCUAUGCGCCAUCAUCAUUUGCGUUGUCUACAACUUCAAAGCGCGCUACGCCCUCCUUGUCAUCAUGGCUGCGGCACUCUGGGCUUCCAAUGGCUUAUCGCUGUCUUAUGCCUUAACUACGUUUGGUUCCAUGCCCAACGAGACUCGUGCCAUCUCGCUGGCGUUUGUCAAUGCGAUGGGUAACCUUGCGCAGAUAUACGGUGCCUACUUGUUCCCAGCUUUAGAGAAGCCAAAGUAUCUCACGGGGUUUGGCGUCAUCAUGUCACCUGCGACUGCUAAGGCUUUGCUCGACGCUGGUUACACAGUUCGAGUUGAAGAAUCCCCGGACCGCAUUUACAAGAUUGACGAGUUCAGAGAUGUUGGGGCUGAAAUCGUACCCGCUGGCUCGUGGGCCAAUGCACCCAAGGAGGAUAUUAUCCUGGGAUUGAAGGAGAUUGAGGCGAAUGGUACACCGUUACCUCACACCUACAUUCACUUUGCUCAUGUAUUCAAGAAGCAAAGUGGCUGGGCUACUGAGCUGUCUCGUUUCGCAAACGCGGACGGCUUACUAUAUGACUUGGAAUUUCUCACGGACGAAGAUGGACGCCGGGUAGCUGCAUUCGGAUAUUGGGCGGGAUAUGCCGGGACCGCACUGGCACUCUUGUCCUGGGCUCAUCAACUCCUCAACCCUGGUGUACCCCAAGGACCAGUUCCCGUCGUCGACUCUGCCUCUGCUUUGACAGAACUUGUCAAGGAUAAGGUCGACGCUGCACGUUCCGCCAACGACGGUGCGCUCCCUCGCCUGAUCGUAAUCGGUGCCCUGGGCCGCUGCGGCAAAGGUGCCAUCGCAGCAGCUGAGGCCAUCGGUGUUAGUGACAUUCUGAAAUGGGACAUUGCUGAAACCAGCAAGGGUGGCCCAUUUCCUGAAGUCGCUUCGUCUGAUAUCUUUGUGAACUGCGUCUACCUAGGUUCCAACAAAAUCCCUCCCUUCACGACUUUCGAAGCACUCUCAGCACCCGACAGACGGCUCCGGGUCAUUUGCGACGUCAGCUGCGACCCCAACAGCGAGAACAAUCCCAUUCCGGUGUACUCCAGCUAUAGUUCGUUCGAGAACCCGACUGUUCCUGCUUCUGAGCAUAUUGACGGUCCCGAGCUGCGCAUUAUUGCUAUCGAUCACCUUCCUACCAUGGUGGCACGUGAGUCUAGUGACGAGUAUUCCUCACUACUUCUGCCAAGUUUAUUGACUCUGGACCGCCGGGAUACUGAAGGGGUUUGGCAGCGAGCGGAACGGAUCUUUCGCGAAAGGGCUGCAGAACUGCCUUAA